AUGGAAGCUGAGCUUUUUCGGAAAUGUGUUAGGGCGAUGCAGCAGGGCUAUGCAGCUCAGGAGCUUCGAGAGCUGUGUCGCUGUUCGAUAGCGUCACUCUUCUCGGCGCAUGCUCCACUUGGAGCGAUUCUCGAAGCUAGCUGGCACCUUCGUCUUGGCAAGCACCACCUGUCUCCUGACGACCACCGCUUCACCACGUCCAUCCAUCCUUCCUCCCUUUCCAGUACGGCCCCAGUAUCACCAUCACAAAUGUCCUUCCUCGACAAGUUCCGCGACGCCGCUCAGAAGGCUGGCAUCCAGGCCAACGCCUUCGCCCAGCAGACCGGUCGUGCCAUCAACGAGCAGGCCGCAACAGCGCGUGCAGGCUUCUCCUUGCCCAAAGAGUGCGACCGCUCGGCCAAGAUCCUCCAGGCUUUCCUCGCCGACCCCAACCACCCGGACUCGGCGCUCAACUCGAUCCCCAAGGCCGUUCUGCAGCAAGCCAAGGGCCUGGCUGUCUUUAGUGUGAUCAAGGCGGGCUUUGUGUGGUCGGGCAAGAUCGGUAGUGGUGUUGUGAUCGCACGUCUUCCCGACGGCAGCUGGUCGGCGCCGAGCUGCAUCGGCACAGGUGCGGUCGGCUUCGGUCUGCAGAUCGGUGCCGAUCUCACCGAGUUUGUCAUUGUCAUGAACAGCGAAGAGGCGGUCAAAGCUUUCGCACACGCCGGCAACCUCACCAUCGGAGGCAGUCUCUCGGCUGCCGCCGGGCCCAUCGGCACGGGCGGCGCGAUCAACGCUGCGAUCCGCGACCCGGCUCCGCUCUUCACCUACUCGAGAUCCAAAGGUCUGUUUGCCGGCAUCUCGCUCGAGGGCACCGUGCUUGUCGAGCGCAAGGAGACCAACAAGGACUUUUACGGCCAGCCCAUCCCGGCUGUCGACCUGCUCACGGGCAAGGUGCCCGCACCCGAGGCGGCGAGCGCCAUGUACGAGGUGGUCGAGGCCGCCGAGAUGGUCGACGAGUCGGGCAUCCCGCAGCAGGCGUACGUGCCCACUGCCGACCCGGCACACCACGUGCCCGUCGCAGGCUACGAUCUCUCGGACAAUGCCUCGACGACCACCGCAUCCACAGCAGUCGAGCCCACAGCCGCCGCCCCCGCCGCAAACAAACCCAUCUUUGACGCUGACGCGAGCGAAAAGCGAACCAACUAA